GUAGUGUGGCCACUCUGGAGACAGACAGGUCUUCUUCUAUCAUUCCUCUUCUUCUGCGUUUAUUCCUUUUUCACAUUCUCCAUCUCUCUCUCUCUUGAUCUGAAUCCAAAAAUACUCUGUAUUUUUUGCAAUAAGUUCAACAUUGUUUUUGUAAUCGAUCAACUUCAUUUUCUUUAAAUUGAGCGUGACGGUGGUGGUCGGUGACUGUGGCUAUGUCUUCCAAGACUAAAACUAGUUUGUCCGAAACUCCUCCUGGAAAAUCAUCUCCUGCAACUCCAGGAGUAGCCAAAUUGAGUAGGGCAGUGAAUAAACCUGAGACCACUUCUCCAAGUUCACGCCUUUCACUUGAUCGCACUUCCCCUGCUUCAAAGUCUUCUUCUGAGAGACGUUCACCAAAAGUCCCAACUCCACCAGAGAAAACUCAAGCGCGAGUAGUAGCGAAAGGAUCAGCAGAGCCAACGCAGACCCGGUUAACUCUGACUCAAAUCAAGGAAGAUCUUAAGAAAGCUAAUGAGAAGAUAACUUUAUUAGAGAAGGAGAAAGGUAAAGCACUUGAUGAACUCAAAGAAGCUAAAAAGGAAGCUGAAGAAGCAUCUCUGAAGCUGGACGAUGCGUUAAAAGCUCAGAAAAAUUUAGAGGAGAAUUCAGAAGUUGAGAAGUUUCAAGCUGUUGAGGCAGGGAUCGAGGCGGUUCAGAAGAAAGAAGAAGAGUUGAAGAAGGAGCUUGAGAAUGUUAAGAACCAACACGCUUCGGAUUCCGCUGCUCUUCUUUCGGUUACACAGGAGCUUCAGAGAGUUAAUGAAGAGUUGGCUAAGGCCAAUGAGGUUAAGAGAGAAGCUGAUGAUUCGAGUAAGAAGGUUGAGAUCUUGUCUUCUGAGCUGACAAGGUUAAAAGCUUUGCUUGAUUCAACUCAAGAAAAUAAGGAGAUUUCUGAAAGUGAGAUGGUUGCUAAGCUAGAAGAGGAGAUUGAUGUCUUGAAAAGAGAUCUUGAGAGAGCGAGAAGUUUUGAGGCAGAGGUUAAAGAACAAGAGAUGAUCAUCAAGAAGCUUAAUGUUGACCUUGAAACUGCCAAGAUGGGAGAGUCUUGUGCACAUAGCUCAUCUGAGGAGUGGAAGAGCAAAGCCAAAGAACUUGAGUCACAGGUAAAAGAAGCUAACAAUCUAGAGAGGUCUGCCUCUUUAUCUUUGGAGUCGGUGAUGAAACAACUCGAAGGAAGCAAUGAUAAGUUGCACGACGCAGAAUCCGAAAUCAUUAAACUUAAGGAGAAGAUCAUGACGUUGGAGUCAACAGUUGCUAGACAAAAGGAGGAUCUUGAGGAAGCUGAGAAACUAUUGAGCAGUGCAGAAGAAGAACUCUCUAAGAUUGAAACAGAAGUAGAGAACUUAAAGAAUGAGCUUGAAACUGUUGAGGAGGAGAAGAAUAGGGCGUUAGAUAAGGAGCAAGACGCUUCUUUAAACGUUCAAAGGCUCUUGGAACAGAAGAAGAAGCUCUUAGCAGAUCUUGAAAGCUCAAAGGAAGAAGAGGAGAAGAGUAAGAAGGCCAUGGAGAGUCUAGCUUCGGCUUUACACGAAGUUUCAAGUGAAGGAAGGUUGUUGAAAGAGAAGCUGUUGAGCCAAGGAGACCAAGAGUACGAAACGCAGAUAGAAGAUUUGAAGCUGGUUAUUAAAGCGACUAGCGAGAAGUAUGAGACGAUGCUUGAUGAAGCGAGACAUGAGAUUGAUGUUCUUGUUAGUGCGGUGGAACAAACCAAGAAGCAUUUCGAGAGUUCAAAGACGGAGUGGGAGAUGAAAGAGGAUAACUUAGUGAGUUACGUGAAGAAGAUGGAGGAGGAAGUUGCUUCAAUGGGGAAAGAGAUGAGUAGGUUGGAUAGUUUGUUGAAGAGAACGGAGGAAGAAGCUGAUGCAGCUUGGAAGAAAGAAACGGAGAUGAAAGAGAGUUUAAAAGAAGUGGAAGAGGAAGUGGUUUAUCUUCAGGAGUCUCUUGGGGAAGCAAAAGGUGAAAGUAUGAAGUUAAAGGAGAAUCUGUUGGAGAAAGAAACUGAGUUUCAAAGCGUUAUUCAUGAGAACGAGGAAUUAAGCGCAAAGGAAGAUGUUGCUUUAAGAAAGAUCGAGGAGUUAUCAAAGUUACUAGAGGAAGCAAGACUGGCCAAGAAGGAAGUGGGAGAGGAGGAGGAGGAGGAGGUGGAGCUUAGUGAGAGCGAGAAAGAGUAUGAUUUGCUACCAAAAGUGGUAGAGUUUUCUUCUGAGAACGGUCAUAGAAGUGUUGAAGAUGAAGCUCCACAAGAACAUAUCAGCAAUGGGAAUGGUUAUGGUAUGGAGGAGAAAGACAUGAAUGGAAAACCCGAGGAGGCGAAAACAGAGAUGAAGGAGAAGAAAGAAGAGUGUCAAGAUGAUGAGAAAGAUAAUUCAGUUGAAGUUAUCUUUAAGAUGUGGGAAAGUUGCCAAAUAGAGAAGAAAGAAGCUGUUCCGGACAAGAAAACAGAACUUGAGUCUCGGGAAGAAGAGCAAGAUGCAAGCAAAGUUGAUGAAAGUGAUAAAACCUCGACAGACAACGUGGAUGAAACCGCAGAAGAUGAGGUUGUGAUGGAGAAGAAAAUGAAGAAGAAGAAGACUUUGCUUGGUAAAGUUGGGAACCUUCUGAAGAAGAAAGCAGCCGUUAACCCAAAAUAA